AUGCUAAUCCAAUGUACCUUUACACCUCCUUUGGAACAUUCUUACAGCAACAGUAUUUCUAUCCCAAAUCUAACACCAAGAAACAGGUUUCAUCCAAUUUCUGGUGAAUUUUCAGUCCUCCAUAGUGAUGGGACAGCUCUAUGUUACUUUCCAAGAAAAUCCACACAGCACAAAUUCAGGCCCCUUAAACUCUCUUUGCAGACAUUCGAAAAGGAAAUGGAAAUAACAUCUUCCUUGACCUCGGAAAAACUUGAAGAAUUCUCAAGGAAGCUUUCAGUUCAUGAAGAUAUAACAAGAGUUAAAAGGGCUUUUAUUUUCAUAUCAUCUUUCUCGUGUUGUUCAUGGUUGAUACCUGCACGAAUGGUACAAGCAAGUGAAGAUGUAAGAACAAAUGUCGUCUACGAGAUUGGGGAGUUAUUUGAAUUGGGAAUCCAGCUUUCCUACCUGCUUUUACUACUUGCUUUGCUUGGGGUUGGAACAUUCUUUGUAAUCCGUCAAGUCCUUAUGCGCAGAGAGCUUGAUCUUUCCGCUAAAGAAUUACAAGAGCAAGUGAGAAGUGGAGAUGCUAGUGCGACAGAGUUGUUUGAACUUGGAGCAGUAAUGUUGAGAAGAAAGUUCUACCCAGCCGCUACCAAGUAUCUGCUUCAGGCAAUUGAUAAAUGGGAUGGAGAUGAUCAAGAUCUUGCUCAAGUUUAUAAUGCUCUUGGUGUCAGUUACAUUCGUGAUGGAAAAGUUGACAAGGGUAUUGCUCAGUUAGAGAACGCUGUCAAACUUCAACCCGGUUAUGUCACUGCCUGGAACAACCUCGGUGAUGCUUAUGAGAAGAACAAAGACUUGAAGUCGGCCCUUAAGGCAUUCGAAGAAGUUCUGCUCUUCGAUCCCAACAACAAGGUGGCACGUCCUCGAAGAGAUGUAUUGGCUGAAAAGGUAAAGAUGUAUAAAGGAGUCCCUGUAAAAUCAAAGAAGAAAUGA